UCCACCAGAGUUUCCUCUGGCUUCACCCUAUUCAGGCAUAGUUCACCAUCUUUCGGGUCCCCACAUUUACGCUCUUACUCAAAUCCAUCCGAAGACAUCAGGAUCGGUCGAUGGUGCGCCCCACGAGGGGGCUCCCACCUCCGUUCGCUUUCACUUCGCGCACGGGUUUGACACCCGAACACUCGCGUAGAUGUUAGACUCCUUGGUCCGUGUUUCAAGACGGGUCGUUUGCGACCAUUAUGCCAGCGUCCGAGCCGAAGCGCGUUCCUCGGUCCGGGCUGGCCGCAUUGCACCCCUGGCUAUAAGGUGCCCCGGAGGGCACUACAUUCCAGGGGCCUUUGACCGGCCGCCCAAACCGACGCUGGCCCGCCCACGGGGAAGUACACCGGCACGAAUGCCGGCUGAACCCCGCGGGCGAGUCUGGUCGCAAGCGCUUCCCUUUCAACAAUUUCACGUGCUGUUUAACUCUCUUUUCAAAGUGCUUUUCAUCUUUCGAUCACUCUACUUGUGCGCUAUCGGUCUCCGGCCAGUAUUUAGCUUUAGAUGA